UUAGUUAGGAGUUGAGUUGACCAACUUAACUACCUUUCGCCGAGCUCGCGGAGAGAAGAAGGGAUUCCAGUGGAGCACGCGAUUUCCCAUCUGCUCGAUCCCCUCCUCCUCCUAGGGUUUCCUGCUCCUCCGCCCGCCUCGCCUUGCUGCUGCCGUUGUUGGUUGGUGCGAUGGCUCUCACUUCGGCUCAACGGAUUGCUCUCACUGUCUCUUUCUUUGGCCUUCUCUCCUUCUUACUUGGUGUCAUCGCAGAAAACAAGAAGCCUCCUUAUGGAACUCCUAUCAAAGGAAAGGAUGUUGUCAUCUGCAAGUUCCCAAGUGACCCAACUAUUGCAAUGGGAAGCCUCUCCGUGGUGUCACUUGUGUUAACCACCAUCGUAGGGCAUGCCGCUAUCUUCUAUCCAUACAAGAGCAAGUCUGUUCCUCGCGGAGCAUUAUUUCGAAGCGCCAGCUUAUCUGCGUUCUUCGUUAUUGCUGAGCUUGUCUCAGCUCUGGCGUUUGCAAUGUUGCUCUGGGCAACGGUCACCGAGGGUCUUCACCGAAGCAACAACAUCCACCAUGACCUGGAUACCCAGUGCCCUACUGCGAAGACUGGCCUCUUUGGAGGAGCCGCUUUCCUGGCCCUUGAUGCUGCUCUCUUCUGGCUUGUUUGCCAGAUGCUAGCUCUCAAUGCAAGGUCUGACUAUCUGGAUGAGGAUGACAAGGGCGAUUAUGGCCAGGUUUUUGCUUCUGAUGUUGAUGGCACAAAGGUCUGAGGCUUUGACUGGGCAGGGUUUCAUAUUUAGUGUCACUUAGCUAUAUUAUCUUAUCGACAAAGCUGGUUCGAUUAGCUCUCUAAAAUCUGUAGAUAUGUGCUAUGCCAGUUGCAAAGUCGUAUAUAUAAGGGUAUUUGCUCAUUGCACGUUUAAGCUUACGUUGUGAAACAAUAACAGUAUUCUCAGUAUGGUCCGUCUGUUAGUAAUCUCCGUGGAGCUAAGUGUCCUACUAUUAAUUUUUCUGGUGUUACUCUGUGUUUUUCUGUGACGCUGAUUCUUGAAGUAUAAAUCUAACAUUGUGGGAGGUAUA